AUGACGGUUUGUCUGUAUGAGUGUCUCAAAGCAGUUGGGCUUCAGCAUCACUAUGAAAGAUUUACUUUGGUGGGUGUUUUCCGUGCAGCCCACCUUUCAGUUCUGCACAUGGCAGACUAUCCCCUCCUGGGAAUUCACUCUAUGGAGGAAAGGACCCGCCUUUUCCAUUUGGUCCAACUGGUCAAAACAUCUGACCUUAAAAAACUAGCAUAUGAUGAUGGUAAUGACCAUAAUGUUGUCAGAAGAAGUUCGGAUCAUUCCAAAAGUUCAGAAGGAGACUGGAAUGCGGAUUGGGAUGAUGAUGGAGUUACUAUUUGUGGUCCAGUUGUACCCAGUUUUGCUGGACCACAAUGCGUUCGAAGAUGUCUCAACUUCAAUGAUGAAACCACUGAUGAUCAUCAGAGGCUACGUACUCUACCUUUGGGCACUGGUCAUUUUUAUGAAAGUCAUACCAGAAAUGAAAACCCAGUCAAAGAAAAAAGAUCCACUACUCAGGUGCAGCUGUCAGGUCACAGCAGAAAUGCGGAUACUGGUGUAUAUGGUGGCAGAGACAGCAACAGCUAUGAGAUAGAUGUGCAUAAAACUUAUAGUUUGUAUGAUUUUCAUGUCGGACAAAAUAACAAGAUCGACAUCAGAGGAAAAAAUAGCACAUCCACCUUUUAUACUGCAUUGUCACCACACUGUGAGACAUUCUGUCCAGGAACAGUCACAUCAAAAACAUUUAACAAAAAAUCAUUUGGACAAAAGGACACAAGAAGAAAGUUCACGAAGAAAAUCUGCUCCACUGGCAUUGAUAAACCCACACCUGUUUAUGAAGCAAAAAGAACAGCUGGCUACAACUAUGGACUGCCCUUAAGUUCUUCUCAUGCUCCAAACAAAAGAAAGGUGGGCUUUAAACGGAUUAGCGUUUGUGUCAGGAAAAGGCCUCUGACACAUGCAGAAAGCAGAAGAGGAGAGAAGGAUGUAGUGAUGGCUUCAGGUGAACGAUGUGUGAUUGUUCACGAAAACAAAGAGGCUGUGGACCUCAACCAGUACAUACUACAGCACAAGUUUUACUAUGAUCAGGUUUUUGCAGAGCAGAGCUCUAAUGAAGAGGUGUAUCAAAAAACAGCAUAUCCUCUGGUGCAACAUAUGCUUAGUGGAGGUGAGGCCACCUGCUUUGCAUAUGGACAGACAGGUGCAGGAAAGACGCACACAAUGUUGGGUUCAUCUCCUGAAAGACCUGGGCUGUAUGGCCUGGCAGUGCGGGACAUAUUUGCUCACCUGUCCACCACACACAGACACCCACCACUGCUGGUUUAUGUCAGUUUCUUUGAGAUCUACUGUGGUCAUCUUUAUGACCUGUUGGACCACAGGAAGAGGUUAUUUGCUAGAGAGGAUGGACAGAAAGUGGUUCACAUUUCAGGUCUGCGUCAUGUCAGAGUGGACUCCAUCGGCUUGCUGCUGGAGGUGAUAUCAAAGGGUACAGCAGAACGGACACAGGGGAUGAGUUGCGUGAAUCCAGUCUCCUCCCGUUCCCACGCCUUGCUUCAGAUUCAGCUUCGAGACCCUAACCAGCAGAUAGCUGGAAGAAUGUGGUUUGUGGACCUGGCAGGAAGUGAAAGGGCAUCAGAUGCGAAAAAUCCAAACAGGCACAGUCGCAUGGAGGCAGCUGAGAUCAACCGGAGCCUGUUGGCUCUUAAAGAAUGCAUUCGUUCUCUUGAUAAAGAGGAGUCCCACACACCUUUCCGACAAAGCAAACUUACUCAGGUUUUGAAAGACUCAUUUCUUGGUGACUCAAUGACAUGCAUGAUUGCCAACAUCUCUCCUGGUCACCCCGCGACUGAACACACUCUUAACACAUUGAGAUAUGCAGAUCGAGUGAAGGAGCUGAGGGCAAAAGGACCACCAAAAGGUAGAAGAGGAGGCAAUAAUAGUGCUUCCCUCAGUGUUCGUGCGUCCAACAGCAGCAAUAAUAGUAGCAAUGUUGGCACCCCUGAAAAGCCAAAGUUAAGGAUGCAAAUUCAGGCUUUUGAACCUAGUACACCUACAACAGGUUUACACAGAAGGAGAACAUUUCUAUGUUCAACACCCAAGGACAGCGUAAGUGAGGAGGAAACACAGGCACGGGGCAGAGGACUAACAGGAUGUGAACAUCUAACACUGCCGAGGGGUUGGGCAGAAAUAAGUGACAGUAGUUGUGAGAGAAAAGCAGAAGAUGAAAGAGUGGCAGGGAAAAAUAUAAGUGAAAGGCACGGAAAGACUCAGCGUCCCUGUGUCAGAGAGAAAACUACCAGGGCAGUGACAGUGUUGGGACAACUAACUGAUGCCUUGCACAUAGGGGGAAAAAAACUUGGGAGUCAUUUCGCUUUUGCUGAGAGGGAAACAGGAUUCAACCACAACGAAAAGGAAAACUGGCAGUGCUCAUUAGAAAAAAGAAGAGGAGAAAAAGCAUCAUGGAUUCAGCCAAGGCACGAAACUGAAAGAAAUGGGGGCAGAAAUAAGGCCGUAAAGAAACCAAAAGGAGGUGAUGAUAAAGAAAGGAGAAGGCAUCUUAGACACUAUCAUCAGCAGCUCCAGCAGUUUAUACCCGUAUCAGCAUCUUCAUCUGUCCUUCCCCACUCAUCUUUUACAAACCCAUCUAUCUCUUCUUCCAGUCAGGCUUCUAUAGCCACCAUUCAGCACUCCUGUCAACAUUCACUCUCGACCCACUUGUUUCAUAGUUUGGGAGAUAUUUCUGAUGCACAUAAUAAUAAGGUUAUGACGGUUGAUUGUAACAGAGAGCAGAUGUAUUUUCCAGGUGGUGAGAAACACAUGCAAACUAAAACAACAAAGAUGGAGACUGACGAAAGGACGGCGACUUCCACUUCAACUGUUGUAAAGUCACAACUGUCUGUCAACAGUUAUUCAGAGGGGCAAAUACAAAUGUGCGCAGAGGGACUGGAUGCCUUAAAUUUCCAAGACAAUGGAAUGACAAGCAUGCCUCAAAGAGAAGAAGUUGACUGCUGUAGUUUAGAUUCUUCCCACCGUGGUAAUAAUAGCCACAACAAUUUUAGAUCGCAUCAUCAGCGAGCUCCUGCAGAAAGGCCACUUUCUCCAUCCUCUGAAUAUACCAACACACUCCUGACCCCAAAGGCAAGUCAUACUUCUCUUGAAUUAAAGUAUUCUGGAUGCAAUACCAAAAUUCUUCCUUUAUCUUUGAAAAAGCCUCCGGAGACAGUGUCUUCAGAAAACCGUAGAGAAAACAUGCUACGCUUUUCGACCAAUCCAUUAACUGCUUUACCUGUUGAGCCCCUUAAUGAUCAACAAGAAGAUUCUGUUUACACGCAGACACAAAAACCCCCAGAUAUUCAUGUCAAAAGAUCUGUGCUACCUCAACGUGAGACGUCCUCGGACCCUGUUGACUACAACAUGGACCCGCUCAGCAUUUCUAUGCUUCAAGUGGACCAACAGCCAGCUACAGCUUCAUUUCUCCAAGGGAACAACAGUGACAACUCACACUUUGGAGUUAAAAUUUCUGGGGGAGAUGAUAACCAAGGGGAGACUAGAAAAGAGCAUCACUCAUGUGAGAAGACAGUGAAGGAAUUUGUGGGAAAUGAUGAUGAAGAAUUAUGCCUGUCUUCAUUUGAAAUGCCACAAAGAGGGACCUCUUACUCCACAGCCAGUGACACUGAGCAACAAAUGUUUAUUAAAGGCAAAUUCUGUAGAAAAGGUGACAACAAACCUCCUCUCUCUGGGGUUAAGUUGACUUCCAACCAAGAUCCAGAGAGCAACCAGAAAAAACAUGGAACACCACCUCUUGACAACAAAAAUAAUCCUUAUCCACAAAAUACCCAUAUACACCCUUCAGUGCACUGUCAAGUCUCUUCACCCUCUCUCCUGCACUUAAAGAACUCUGGUUCUCCUACUUUAUUCAGUAUACCUCAGUAUGCCAAUAAGAAAGGAAUAAAACCUCCAUCCUUUAUAACAACAAAACAAUCAGAAUGUUCCUCUGGUCACUUGAAUGAAACACUUUCGAACUAUUCCAGCGACUCAAACAUUUCACCAAUGUCGAAGGAUUCUGCAGUGAUAGAUUGUCAAGGAAGAUGUAACAAUCAGGAAAUUAUUCCGGUUGGCCAUCUGUUUUCCCAGUGUGACUUGGACCAUGCCAAGUGUUUUAUAACUGAGGCCUACUUGGAGCAGCUAAAGGAGAUGGAAGCUUUAUGCCACAAAGAGGGAAGGCUUCUUUGCCAUCAGCAUGACAUGGCAUUUGAAGAAUAUGUCCACAAACUGGCGGAGAUCAUGGAAAGAAAAGCAAGUUGUGUGCAAAGCAUGAAAGCUCAACUGCAACCGUAUCUGAAGCCUCGUCACCCCAUGAACACACUGCAAAGACAAAAUAAUGGCCAUGACUCUAUA